UCGUAUUGAUCAAUUUCAAACUGAAGAAAAGCAAUCCUUAAAGUCCUCGAAGAAAUACUAUCCGUUGGAACUUUCCAUUUCGUUGCUUCCAUCUUUAAUAUUCUUUUUCUUCUUUCAAAAUUUCAAAUUUCAAAAAUUACACUCCGCUCCUCUCCAGUUAUUAAAUUUAAGAAAAAUCGCUCCAAUUUUCGAGAAUUCCAAUCGUUUCUUUCUGCAAAACCCCAUAUGCUUUUCCUUUCUUCUAUUUUGUCUUCUUCUGAAUUUCUCUCUCUGCAAAAAUGGGUGCUUCUGGAAAAUGGAUCAAAUCUCUGAUCGGACUCAAAAAACCCUCCGUUAACGAACCCGAGAAAGGGGGUGGUAAGGGCAGGAAGUGGAAGCUAUGGAGGACUGGAUCUGGUGGCGGCAACGCCGGCGGCGGCGGCGAUGCGGCGGAGACCGACGGAUCAGAGGCUUCUUCCUACGCUUUUGAUUCCGAGAUGGCGGCCGCCGUCGCUGCUCUGGCCAAAGCUUCCCCCAAGGAUUUCAUGGUCGUCCGCCGUGAAUGGGCUGCUGUCCGAAUUCAGACUCUUUUUCGUGCUUUUCUGGCUCGGCGAGCAUUGAGAGCUUUAAAAGCAUUGGUUCGACUACAAGCUAUAGUCCGAGGGCGGCUCGUUAGAAAGCAAGCCGCCGUAACCCUAAGGUGCAUGCAAGCCCUAGUUAGGGUUCAAGCUAGGGUUCGGGCUCAGUGCACCCAAUCGUGUGCAGGGGACCCGCCCGAGUAUUCAAACCUAGCCGAUCCCCUAAAAAUUUCCGAGCAGAGUGGGUGGUGCGAUAGGCGCGGGACCGUAGGCGAAGUGAUGUCGAAGUUGCAAAUGAAGCAAGAAGGAGCAAUCAAGAGGGAGAGAGCUAUUGCAUAUGCUCUUUCUCAACAGCAAUUGCGAAAAACCCCUUCGAGAACGAACAAGAACAACAAUCUAGAGCUCCCUUGGUUGGAGCGUUGGAUGGCGAACAAGCCGUGGGAGACGAGGAGGCUAAGAGAGGAAUAUUCCCCAAACGAUUCCUCAGAAAUUAUCGCAACGCCAACUCCUACAAAGACAAGAACGCCCUCCUCGAAAGUCUCGAUGAGCUGUCAGAUUCUCUCCGACCCGUUUUCCGACGAGAGCAUGACUUCGAAUUCAUCGACAACGACCUCCGAAAAUCCAGGUUCGAACGAAAAUAGCAACGGCACAAAGCCUAAUUACAUGAGUUUGACCAGGUCAACCAAGGCUAAGCAGAGGCCUUGUACGUACAACUCGAUAUCGGGCAACGGUGGAUUGUUUCAUAGGCACUCUGUGGAGGAUUUGCCGAUGCUGCGUAGGAAGCCUAGUCCGUUGUCGAAGGUGAAGGGAAGGAGAAGUGCCGAUGCGGAUCUUUAUUCGGUGGAUUUGUGCAAGGAUCUGUACCCUCCGAUUCGAUUCGAUGGGGUUAGCGGUCGAGAUUAUUACAAGUGAAUCGAGCGAUGGUUUGUUAAUUAGUUUUGCAUUAUUAAUUUGAGUUCAACAGCUUGUUGUCCUUGACAGUUGUGUGUUUUUCUUAGGCGUGGGUUGAAGUUUCUCUGUUAGUUUGACAUUGUCAAGGUUGAUUUUACAUAGUAUAGAACAAACUGUACUAAUGGAUUUUGUGAGUGAUUUGCUUGUGUUAUCA